AUGAUCCUGGUUGAAGCUGUCACGCCAACCAAGCGCUCACUCGUCGUUCGUCAUCGCGGCUACGUCGAGCAGACUGACAUCGCAGUAAUUGUCCAUCUCGGACAUAUGCGGUCAGUCAAGCUUUCUUACGCACGCACGAGUGCGGAAAUAUGCAAACGACGAUGUGGACGAGGCUCGAUUAAUCCCUUGCAGUCGGACUCGAUCGUGCAACCUCCCCAGCACUCAUAUAGGGAUUACGUCUUCGACGACGAAGCCAUGCUCGCCACUCAUUCAUAUCCUCUUAUUGUGCCCUUCCAUGUGCCCUACCACGUGCUCCUAAUAGCUCAUUUUGCUCAUUCUCUUCCCACCCAUGCUGCACUUCCUUCGAAAAAUAUAAUAGAAGUUUGGGAUUACGACUUUGAAGGAAGCAUUACACUCUUAGAAUAA